UUACACAGUUGGCUCAUAGUACCAAAAUAAGGGCGCCAUGUUUUCUACGAUUUUUUAGCAUGCAAAAAUGCCAAAGCGAAAUAAAAGGAAAGAGGAGGCUUUCAGAGACGAUCAUGAGGGCAGGCCCGCUGGGCUGACGUUGGGAAGCUUCCUUGAUUUUCCUGUGUUGGGUAAUUCUAGGAGUGAGACGACGCGCACCGAUGAACCACUAAAAAGUAUUCCCUCGGCUCUACCCGCUACAGGGGCAGCAGAAAUUCCAGCUAAAGAGGUUCCCACGACUUGCGGAGAAUUCUUUGUGUCAAAAACAAAGAAAGGAAAACUCCCUCUUGUAGUUGAAAACCGCGCGAAAGGGAAGAAAGUGACAGUGGUCAGUAAUGUCUGUGGUGACCCGAGAACCCUCCUGACGGAACUAAAAAGAAGGACAGGAUCCGGGGGGGUUGUUAGGGAUAAUGCAGUGGAGUUACAGGGCGAUCACGUGAGAUUCCUUGAGGAUUACCUAACAGGACAUCCAUGUAUCAGGCCUUACAAGAGCAAAUAACUAGGAGCCUUGUA